AUGGCGUCGAGACUGGCAGCAUGUGAAGCUUGCAGAAAGGCGAAGGUCGCCUGUGAUCAUAAGCGACCAGCAUGUACUCGGUGUGCAAGCAACGACAGAGCCGGGAUCUGCAUUUACCGGACGACCCCGUUCAAGAGAAGAAGAGCGGAGAGCUCUACACCUCUGCAGUCUCCUAGUCGGCUACCACCGGCCCAACCAUCCUUCACCCCAAGGAAUAAUCCCUAUCCAAACCCGGGCUUUCUGGGGUCCUCUAGCCAUGUCGCUAUUUUCAACGAAAUUUCCCCGCAAGACUAUCAUGCAUCUGAUACCUACCAAGCCUCCGAGGAUCUCACGAUGCUGAUGCAGUUGCAGUCCACUGGCGAGAAUAUCUUGUUAAUCCAAGGCGCGGAUGUCCUCAGACAGCUGUUCAACACAUUUCCGCUAGCCGCCAUGAAAGAUUUUGUUACUUUUUGGCUGGCAACGGGAGCGAAUCUAGCUCUGGCAGAGCCUUUUACCGAGAAGUGUACUGAAAAUAUGACGCGCCUGUUUACGUCCUUCUCACAGGAAGAUAACUGGCAUUUGGCAUAUGCCCAGCGUCUGACACAAAACUCCCGGGAACCUUUGCAGUUUGACAGCACAUCCGAUAUGGAAAGUUUCUCCGCCCAGUUUCUCGACCAGAAAUUCCGAUGGGAAAGUCUAGGCAUCUUCCUCUCUGCCGUGAGCCGAGCAGCAAUCGCUAUACCAUUUUUCCCGCCAUUGUUCAAAACCGAAAAGGAUAAUUUCGUGCUUCGGAAGCUCUCUACAAGACUUAGUGAUCUUGCGUUAGAUAUUGUUCUCUCGUUGGAUUGCUUAAACGACCUACAACUGGUUCUACAGUAUGAGAACUUUAUUGUACACACCCAUGUUGAUGGGGAUCAAAGCUAUCACUCUUGGAGUAGACUUGGAGGUGUUCUGUCGUCCAUGUUUGCCCUUGGCUACCAUGAGAAUAUCGAAAAAACCAAGCCACCAAUUCCGACAUUCCUUUCGGAAUUACGAAAAGCAGCUUGGGCCACCACGUACUCAGCCGACAAGAAUGUGGCUAUUUUCCUUGGUCGGCCACCUCGGAUGAGCAAGCGGUUCUGUCACUUCCAAUUGCCUUUGGCCCCGACAAGCUCGGAUCAGGUUUUCAAUGCCUCACCCGUUGAGGACGAGGUCGUCAGAUGGAAAAUAGAUACACCGAUCUGCUACAGGGCAGGUAUUCGGUGGGCGACCCUUUGCUCCGGACUGAAAGAAGAUGUCCUCGAAUUGCUUCGAUUAAAGCAGCGCGAGAAUUUCAAUCGGAAAGCUAGCGUCAUUCGGCAAAAGGCUGAAACUCAAUGGGCAAAUCUACCUUCUCAAUUCCGACUUUCGGGCCCUUUGAAAGAAUGUUCUGGGGAUGCGUUCGAACGUGACCUUAUAGCUAGCAUACGCCUGGACCAGCUACAUGUUCUCUUUCUACUUCAAUUGUCGUGCCUGGAUACCCUGACUGAGCCCGAUCCGUGUAUACUCGACAUCUCGGAUCAAAUACUCUCUCUUGUAGUGGACACAAUCCUUCUACGAGAUCAACUGGUCAACUCUGGAAUUGGACUCAUUUGGAAGAUCGCUCACUUCGGACUUCCAGCUACAGGGAUCAUCCUCCUGUCAAUGCUGAAAGAACACCGUACAUUAACAGAAGGAAGAUCCUCGUGGUCUAAAACAAUACUCAAUCUCGGUAUCUUUGUUGCGCAGGUUCAGGUAGGGAGCAUCGUUCGGCGUGGAGAUCCGAACUACGCUUUGAUAUCCAAAGCGACACAGACGAUUGAGCGGUUCCUUGAUUCUAUACAACGUGAAGGGAUACAAUCCCCGACACAGCUGUCACCGCAGCCAGGAGAGAAUGGUGAUUGGGCUGCGUUUUUCAGUCAGGAUCUGUGUGAUUUCGAGACUGACUUUUGGGAGAACCUCGCGUAUCAUCCUUCUUUAUUGCCUUCAGACCCUAUUUUGCCUCCAAUAUAG